AUGAGUAAAGAAAUUCCAUAUAUAAAUCCUUCAUUGGUGCCUUAUGAAGAGGUUUACAAUUCAAAAUACUAUUUAGAUUUAAUUGUUACAGGAAAAGAAGUAACAAAGAGAUGGGGCAAUCUUCGGGAUGCAUUCACGAAGUCGAAGAGAAAGCUAAAAGAGUCUAAGAAGAGUGGAGCUGGUGCCGCCAAAAUUAAAAAAUACGUCUACGCUGACCAAAUGCAAUUUUUAAAUAAAUUGAUCCAGUCGAGGGAAGUUGUAGAAAGUUUGGAAGAUAGAACAGACGACAAUGAAAACAAAGAUGUUUAUAAUCCACUCGAAGCCCCACUACCCCGCAAAGAGACGAUCUGUGAGAACCCCAAUCCUAAACCGCAAGAAUAUAAAAGACGUCGCCGGCCUGACGAGGUUGAGCUAAAAAUGAUGAAAGCGUUAGAAGAACCAGCACCUAGUCCUCAUAUUUCGUUUAUUCAAGGACUUUUGCCUCAUUUGAACAAGUUCGGUGACAGUGAAAUUCUUGAAUUCCAAAUGGGUGUUUUGGAAGUAAUUUCUAAAAUAAACAACAAACGCCAAAACACUGCUCAACCUCGACCCCAAGUAUUUCCACCGCAAACACCUUCCUACUAUCCCAAUAACAACUAUUCUUUCCCGGAGUAUCAACAGUUUCCCCCAUCACAAUCUUAUUCCAAUCAAUUCAGCGCAAUUAACAGCUUUCAACCACAACAGCCCCAAACGCAUCAGUACCCAAAUCCCCAAACCUACCAAUUCAAAAAUCCACAAAAUGCCAAUAAUAUCGAUUCAAACCACCAGCAGGCAUGCUCUUCGAAAGCACACACACUUGAACGUCAACAAGAACAAACCACUGCACAAUACUAUCAAGAUUUUGGCCACAUUUCAGCCGCCACGUCUCCAGAGACAGAGACCUGCCCAUCGGCGAGCCCCUCCCCAGGUGGAUCUGUGUAUUCAGAUACUACCUAUGACUUUACUUAA